AUGGGACGGAGGGAAUAUAUAGUAAGAGUUUUAGGAUGGGAUGGACCCGGCCUAGACGGGUAUAAGUGGGGCCUAGUAAGGUCAUGGGGUGGAUUCAGUGGGGCGAGUGUGGGUCCUAGUUGGGAUUUAGUGAUCUGUGUUGCAGGAAUUAGUGAAAACUUGCUGAAACUGCUUAGAAUCUUCAGAUAUGUUCACAUUUUCAAUUCAGAUGAUGGUGAUGAUGGUAGAGGUGAAGGUGGAGAUGGAGGAAUGACGAUUGUAGCGGAGAAAAAUAAUGGAGGUGGAGAUGGAGGUGAUGGUUAUGGAGGGGGUGAGCAGCAUAGAGAUGGCGGUGGUUAUGGAGGAGGCGACGACGAAGAUGUUGGCUGGGGCGGAUUUGGAGGUGGGGUUGGUGAAAAUGAAGGUGGAGAUGAGGUUGUUUAA